GCCGCCAAGGGCACAAGCCAUGCUCACAAGAGGACCAAGAGUAUCGAGCUACCUGAUCCCAUAGGCCAACACAGCGUGGGAAUGUCGGCACCGAGUGUGUCGCCGGCAGGCCAGGUGUCGAGAAUAUCAGCAUCAUGCAACGACGCCAUUACGUGCAACAUCGCAACGCAAAUGCUCUGCCGCCGGCCACAGUCAACAAUGCCGGGACGCACUCAUCCUCGCUGCAAAUGCACCUGCCGAUCCCUUCAGCUGGCGCGGCACCUGGCUUUCCCACUUCCAGGUACGCCAGCCCACUGUCGAGUCCAGUUGUUGGAACUGACAGCAUGCAUGCACAAGGGAUGGUGGUCAGCGGCUCGGAUGCAAACUCGCGUUCGAGCAUCAUCAGCUCUUCGUCCGGGGCAACUGCUGGUGGAUCCAACACAGCAACGUCGGCCGUUGCUGCUGUGGCUGCCGCCGCUGCCGGUAAAUCUCCCAGUGCGAAAAAUACACACGCGGAUACCCGACACGGUGCACUUUUCUCCACUGAUGUUGGGGACUUGAGCGCAUUUGGCGAAGACGAUUCUGGCAGUCAAGGUACCUCGACAAUCUCGAGGCUGGAAGGAAUGCCGCUCGAGUCGAGCACGAGCAGACAGCGUGCAGGUUCAUUUGACUCCAUGGUAGGCUCAGGACUUCUCUCUCCAUCGCAGCACCGCCAUGCACACGCCGGGCCUGGCGCUACACUGACUGCUGGCAAAGGCGCAACAGACCCACUAGGAAGAUCGAUCAGCACCGCUUUGCCCUCGUACCUCAAGAUUCCAACUGCUAUUCCAUCCGAGAAUGUCCCAGCUCCCACAGCGGAUGAGAUCGCAAACUGGCACUCCUCACCGCCUACCUCUUCUGCGCUUGGCCCUGUCCUCAGAGUGGACUUCGCCAAUGGAGCGUGUGCCCUCGGAGGUGGCGCGCUGAUGGGGCCUGUACCGAUAGCAGGCUUCUCGGUCGAUGGCAAACCUUCCACUUCGGCAACUGUCGCCAUCUUGCCCCACAUGAUCUCUUACGCGGCUUUCUACCGCACACCAAGCGUGCCCACCGUCCAAGAUUCAAAUACGUUCCCAAUCACCAACACGGCGAACAUACCAACAAUGCUCGCGAACGACAAUACAGGGCAAUUCUUUCCAGACACUGGUCCGGCGUUCUUCUUGGACCAACCUUUAGUUAGCUCUACAGUGGGCCCUAUUAGUGCGCAGCAACUGGGGAGAGUCAACGCGGAAGUGCAGUCCGCAUCACUAGCGCAGCCGGUCGCCGAGAGGUUGGACGCAGAGGACACCAAAGUUGAGGCAUCGGGUGCUGCACACGGAGAGAAAGAGAGGGAAGGAUCAAGGACACCUACACCAGCCUCAGGCGCGAUUGGCUCUGGUCCACGCUCUCUCACGCCCGGAGACUCGCAAAAUGCACACGUUAUGUCGAUGACUUCAACCGCGAAGCAGGAAGGCCACAAUAUGCUCAGCGCCGACGUCAAUUCGCAAGUUACGUCCAUCCCAACGUCUGGCGCGCUGCAAACACCUCCUGGACCUAAAGUUUUGGAGGUGGUCGCUGACCUGGUUAGCGCCGCUUCGACGCCUGCACAUGCUGAAGGUUCGACCGCCAUAGCAACUGUUCCUCUUGCUGCAGGUACAGUGGUGGCUGCACCCGCGCCAGUGUACGGCUUUAUGGCACAGGAUUUGCACGCUGCCGUCAUCAAUGCUGAGCCUGAAGGUGACUAUCAACACCAAGAUGCUUUGGCGGGCCAUGAUCCUCAGACUCCGACAAGGUUCGAGAGAAGCGGAAGCAGCAGUAAAGGCUCUGCUGCGACCUUGAAGGGCUUGGCGCCUGGUAUGACCCCUGCGACGGCUGCCAGCGGUCCCAGCAGCUCUCCUGCGUCUACUCCAGCUAAGGAAAGAUUCCCACAUGGACGACAGCAGCAAGCGCAGGACGGGCAAGCGCAGGGCCAUCAGCAUCACCACCACCACCAUCACGGCCCCAUGCAUGGACCGCUCAUGCCGAUCGUCAUCACAUGGCGUGCAGGUGGCAAGGAGGUGUUCGUGACCGGAACAUUUGCAAACGAGUGGCGCAGCAAGAUCCCACUACGGCGCUCGAAGCGUGAUCACACGUGCAUCCUGCAUCUGCCGCCCGGCACGCAUCGCCUUAAGUUCAUCGUUGAUGAUCGUUGGCGCGUGAGCAAGGAUCUACCCACUGCUUCUGAUGGGGAUGGGAACCUGGUCAACUAUGUGGAGAUUCCGAAUGUCGGGCCUGCGCAUCCUGGCCCUCUCAGUGCCCCAGGUGAGGAGAUGCUUGGGGAUGCAAUGUCGGCGACGGACCGAGGCGACGCCGCGGGCGCCGGUGCGGGUAUCAGCUCUGCUACCGGUCGCAUGGCAGUCAGCACACACAGGGGGAAGACUGCUCUGGACAGCCAUCGAAGCACGAUCGAUCUGCAGGAAGAGGCCAGGCGUGCCGAGAUCCUCCGUCGUGGCGAUCUGGAUGAUGUGUUUGCUGAUUUUGAUGUUUCACACAAGCAAGAAGCGUGGACGAGAGAGAUCCCAGAAUCCCUCGUUGCAGCUCAAGAGGCGGAAGAAGCAGCGCAACAGCGCGGCUCCGAAGAUGGCCGACCGGAAGAGGCAUCAGCAAAGAACGCGGGGGAUGCAGACGGCCUUCCGCGCCUGCCCAUUCCCCCAACUUUGCCGCGGCAACUGGAGAAGGUCAUCUUGAACUCUUCCCCUGCGACGAAUGCACUGCAAGCGGGCGGCACGGUGGAUGAUAAUUCGGUGCUUCCUGCGCCGAACCAUGUUGUGCUUAACCAUCUCACGGCAAGCGCAAUCAAGAGCGGCGUCCUCGCUGUUGGCACGACGACGCGAUACAAGCGCAAGUACGUUACCACCGUCUUUUAUCGCCCCGUGAAGGCUUGAUUCUAUGCGCUGCUCGACUUUGCACGAUGGCGCUGCAAUCGCACUCGAUUCAACCUGGCUUCUGCUUUAAGCAAUUGCAUGC